AUGUCUCAAUCACUGCCCAUCACCGAGAGGUUCUACCUCUUCGGGAAUUGCAACAUUGUCCCAGACCGUUACGAUGACUGGCAAGCCGCAUACGACAAACUAGCGGAACACGUCUUCGCCAAUGAACCCAACACGCUCACCUACUACUUCGGCAUUCCCCUUGAGCAUGCGGCUGAUCCAUCCCGCACCGACUCCAUGCUCGCUUUCGAGAUCUACAGCUCCCGCUCAGACCUCUACGACAUCCAUCUCAAGUCCAACGUCAUGCAGGGCCAUUUCCUUCCCAAUGCCGGCCCUACCAUGACAACAGGUCUGGACCUGACACAUUAUUCAGCCGUAGGCGGAUUCCUCGACCGGUCCGGGCAAAAGAGCGAGUGCGGCGUCAUGCACGAUAUCCAGAUCCGGUGCAAGGAUAAAGCAGCAAGGACCGAGCUGCUGGGGGCGCUGAAACUACUGUGCGGCCUGGUAGAGAGUGCAGAGGGGCAGGAUGGAAAAGUCCAGACCUUUUUGGGGCUGCAGUCGCUUGAUAACGAAGAGGGGGCACGUAUAUAUGCGAGGUACGAGAGCCGGGAGGUAUGGGAGACGUGGCUAAGGAGCAGUCUGAUCAAGACGUUCUGGGAGGCUGCCAAGCCAAAUGUCGCCAGUAUGGAGGCUCGAGCGUAUGCACCCAAUGGCAAGGGAUGGUUAUGGAAAUAA